AGAUGCUCUGGCUGUUAACAGGGGAGAGGGCGGACCCUGGUGCCGCCCAAACCUCUAGGGGGUAGCACAACCCCCCCAAAGCCGCCCCCGCCGGCCCCUUAGCGAUCUGCAGGCGCAGAGAACCGCGGGUGGAGCCCCGCACGUGGGUCCGCAGGGCGGAGGGCGGGGAUAGCGUGGCGCCGGACUACAAGUUCCACAAUGCCCCGGGCCGCGGCGGCGGGGAAGGAGGGGUGCUUCAGGUGCCUGCGACCUCCGCGCCUCCCGCCCGGAAGUGCCCGAGGGGCCGCGAUGGAGCUGGGGGAGCCGGGCGCUCGGUAGCGCGGCGGGCAAGGCAGGCGCCAUGACCCUGAUUGAAGGGGUGGGUGAUGAGGUGACCGUCCUUUUCUCGGUGCUUGCCUGCCUUCUGGUGCUGGCCCUCGCCUGGGUCUCAACGCACACCGCUGAGGGCGGGGACCCACUGCCCCAGCCGUCAGGGACCCCAACGCCAUCCCAGCCCAGCGCAGCCAUGGCAGCUACCGACAGCAUGAGAAGGGAGGCCCCAGGGGCAGAGACCCCCAGCCUGAGACACAGAGGUCAAGCUGCACAGCCAGAGCCCAGCACGGGGUUCACAGCAACACCGCCAGCCCCGGACUCCCCGCAGGAGCCCCUCGUGCUACGGCUGAAAUUCCUCAAUGACUCAGAGCAGGUGGCCAGGGCCUGGCCCCACGACACCAUUGGCUCCUUGAAAAGGACCCAGUUUCCCGGCCGGGAACAGCAGGUGCGACUCAUCUACCAAGGGCAGCUGCUAGGCGACGACACCCAGACCCUGGGCAGCCUUCACCUCCCUCGCAACUGCGUUCUCCACUGCCACGUGUCCACGAGAGUCGGUCCCCCAAAUCCCCCCUGCCCGCCGGGGUCCGAGCCCGGCCCCUCCGGGCUGGAAAUCGGCAGCCUGCUGCUGCCUCUGCUGCUCCUGCUGCUGCUGCUGCUGUGGUACUGCCAGAUCCAGUACCGGCCCUUCUUUCCCCUGACCGCCACUCUGGGCCUGGCCGGCUUCACCCUGCUCCUCAGUCUCCUGGCCUUUGCCAUGUACCGCCCGUAGUGCCUCCGCGGGCGCUUGGCAGCGUCGCCGGCCCCUCCGGACCUUGCUCCCCGCGCCGCGGCGGGAGCUGCUGCCUGCCCAGGCCCGCCUCUCCGACCUGCCUCUUCCCGCUGCCCUGGAGCCCAGCCCUGCGCCGCAGAGGACUCCGGGGGCUGGGGGAGGCCCCGCCCUGUGACCGCCGGGGCUCGGGGCCACCUCCCGGGGCUGCUGGCCCUCAGCUCGCACUGGGAGUGGGCUCCUCGGGGUCGGGCAUCUGCUGUCGCUGCCUCGGCCCCGGGCAGAGCCGGGCCGCCCCCGGGGCCGGUCUUAGCGUUCUGCCGGAGGACCCAGCCGCCUCCAAUCCCUGACCGCUCCUUGGGCUGAGUUGGGGACGCCAGGACGGUGGGAGGCUGGUGAAGGGGAGCGGGGAGGGGCAGAGGAGUUCCCCGGAACCUGUGCAGAUUAAAGUAACUGUGAAGUUUUCA